CGCAGCUCUUGUAUAAAUUGAAACGGUGCUAACUGCUGAGACAACAGAAAUCGGCGGUUAGACCUGUGUUUGUGGAGGUACAUGAAAUCCAUAUCUAACUUUAACCCUUUAUCAAUCCCAAAAUUACUUCAUCAACCCAACCCACUAACUCAGAAACAAACUAUAUUCGAUCAGUUGAAGAAAUGUUCCAGCCUAAAGAAACUGGAAUCUGCGUAUGCGUCCAUGAUCAAAACCAAUGCAGACCAAGACUGUUUCUUGGUGAACCAGUAUAUCAGCGCCUGUUCGACCUUUUCGCGCAUAGAUUAUGCAGUUUUAGCAUUUACCCAGAUGGAAAAUCCUAAUGUUUUUGUCUAUAACGCAAUGAUAAGAGGCUUUGUUCGUUGUUUUCACCCAACAAAAGCUUUGGAAUGUUACAUGGAAAUGUUGAGAGCUAAGGUUAUGCCAACAAGCUAUACGUUCUCAUCGUUGAUUAAGGCAUGUUCCUCGGUAUCGGCUUUGGGGUUUGGUGAAGCUGUACAGUGUCACAUUUGGAGAAAUGGGUUUAGUUCACAUGUGUUUGUUCAGACUGCUUUGAUUGAUUUCUAUUCGAGUUUAGGUAAACUUGGUAGAUCGACAAGGGUGUUUGAUGAAAUGCCUGAAAAAGAUGUUUUUGCAUGGACUUCGAUGGUUUCGGCUCACAUCCGGGCUGGGGAGUUGAAUUCUGCAAAGAGAUUGUUUGAGGAGAUGCCUGAGAGGAAUACUGCAACGUGGAACAUUUUGAUUGAUGGAUAUGCGAGAAUGGGGAAUGUGGAAUCUGCGGAGUUGUUGUUCAUUCAGAUGCCUGAAAAGGAUAUAAUCUCCUGGACAACCAUGAUCACUUGCUAUUCUCAGAACAAGAAAUUUAGAGAAGCAUUAGCAGUAUUUAGUGAAAUGACAAGCAAUGGGAUCAGUCCUGACGAAGUUACCAUGGCAACUGUUAUAUCAGCUUGUGCCCAUAUUGGAGCGCUAGACCUUGGAAAGGAAAUACAUCUUUAUGCAUUGCAGAAUGGGUUUGAUCUUGAUGUUUAUAUUGGGUCUGCACUGAUUGAUAUGUAUGCCAAGUGUGGGAGCUUAGAUAGGUCACUUUUGGUUUUCUUCAAGUUGCGGGAAAAAAACCUGUUUUGUUGGAAUUCAGUAAUUGAAGGGCUUGCAGUUCACGGAUAUGCAGAUGAAGCACUAAAGAUGUUUGGCAGAAUGGAGAGGGAGAAGGUCAAACCCAAUGGGGUUACUUUUAUCAGUGUUCUAAGCGCCUGCACACAUGCAGGACUAGUUGAAGAAGGGCGUAGGAGGUUUCUGAGCAUCACCAAUGAUUAUUCCAUCCCUCUCGAAGUUGGACACUAUGGAUGCAUGGUUGAUCUACUGAGCAAAGCGGGUUUGCUUGAAGAUGCUCUGGAUUUGAUAAGAAGCAUGAAAGUUCAACCCAAUUCCGUCAUCUGGGGUGCCUUGUUGGGCGGGUGUAAGCUUCAUAGGAACUUGGUGAUUGCUCAACUUGCUGUUAAUGAACUGCUGGUUUUAGAGCCACAUAACAGUGGCUAUUACAACCUGCUCGUUAACAUGUAUGCUGAAGUUAAUAGAUGGGGUGAGGUUGCAAAAAUCCGGGCAGCCAUGAAAGAUCUUGGAAUAGAAAAGAGAUGUCCUGGAUCUAGUUGGAUUGAAAUGGAGAAGAAGAUUCAUCAGUUUUCAGCUUCUGAUAAAUCUCACCCAGCUUCUAGUGAAAUUCACAUGCUGCUACCUGAAUUAGAUGGGCAGCUGAAGUUAGCUGGUUAUGUGCCUGAACUAACUUGGGGGGAUUUAGGCUGAGCUGCUUACACCUUCUGGGCUUGAUGUAACAAAUUAUUUUCUUUGGGGUUUUUUUCAGAGUCGCCCCUACUUAUUAUUAUUAUUUUUUAUAAAAAUUGAUCGCGAAUCACAAUCAUUGUA